AUGAAAAUGAAGGAGAGUAUCAGAGCAACGGCGAAACCGAAAGCGAAAUCGGAGCAAAAAAUAAAGUUCAAGUUGCUCUUUCGGCAGUACAAAGUCGGCCAGGCGGGAUAUGUCAAACUGGGAUUUUUCAAGAAAAAGAGUCAAUUCUACAAGGCAGACGACUUCAUCAUGAAGAUGAAGAAGGUAAAGCGUUUUAAGGAAUCUGAAAAGCAAGAGUCUUCAGUUUUUGAAGAAGCCGAUGGAGCAGAAGAUGAAGAAGGAUCAAGCUCCGACGAGUUGUGGGGCGCUUUUACCAUUACAGAAAUUAUUCUUGAAGGGGUUCAACAUCGGGGUGUCAUUGAGGGUGUUGAGGGUGGAAGUACUCGUACUACGGCAGCAGGCGAAGUAGAGAAGACCACACUGCAUAUCCGCUUGCAAACUCAGCUGGAGGGAAAGGACGAGCAGGAAUCGGAGCCAUUCAACGUCGACAUCCCGCUGGACGACGAUUUCACAUCUGCCUUUUUCAGGUUUGAUUAAAUGGGAGGGCAAGGUAUCACGCUACUAUGUCAACCACAAUCUGUUUGUGUAGCAGCAACAGCAUGCCUUUCAUCAAAAAAUUCUAUUUCACUUUGAUUUUGAUUCUAGACCGUUUUUACACGACCUUGUCAAAUUUGAUAUUUGCCAUUCUUUUAUUUACAUACACUUUUUUGAUUUUUCGACUUACACUUAAUGCAUAGACCUAGAUUUACAUGGCGACAGCGAAGCAAAAAACCCAAUCUGAACGGGCACAGUAUUGCAGAGAUUUUCGCUCGGUGCUGCAUUUUUACGCUGAAGUACAACGUGGCUGAUACAUAGUACAACAAGAGAUAUAAGAACGUCAAGGAAGCACAAACAUCCACACUGCAAGGUCAAGGUCAAGUUCAAGGCUCUGCAC